CAACCAUGUGUGUCUUUCGGUGUAACGUUACGGGUGUAGCAAACGAAUCCUCGCAUAAUAUACGCUCUCCCACACUCAAAAAAAGUGUUGUUUUUGACGUACGUUUAAUGUUGAAACUCGGUAGUGUUGGUGUUUUAAACACACAUUGUUACUCGUAAGGUGUUAAUUUCUUUGGAUCAUUGUGGCGGGGGCAACUGAGAGGACGAAUAUGUCCGGGAAGAGUUUUCGCGUUAGCGACGGAGACUGGAUCUGUCCCGAUAAAAAGUGUGGAAAUGUCAACUUUGCUAGAAGAACGAGCUGUAACAGAUGUGGCAGGGAAAAGACAACUGAAGCAAAGAUGAUGAAAGCGGGGGGGACAGAGAUUGGAAAGACCCUCGCUGAGAAGAGCAGAGGUCUCUUCAGUGCAAACGACUGGCAGUGCAAAACGUGUGGCAAUGUAAACUGGGCCAGAAGAUCAGAGUGCAACAUGUGUAACACUCCUAAAUAUGCCAAACUGGAGGAAAGGACAGGAUACGGUGGAGGAUUCAACGAGAGAGAGAAUUUAGUCUACAAUGAGCGAGAGGAGUCUGAUGGCGAGUAUGAUGAGUUUGGGCGCAUAAAAAAGAAGUAUCGUGGGAAAAGUAAGAAGGACACUGAAAAGAAAGAGGAACCAAAAAAAGAAGAGAAAAAAGAUGAUGUUGACGAUGAUGAGGAAGACGAAGAUGAAGGAGAUCUUUCAAAAUACAAACUUGAUGAUGAUGAUGAUGACGAUGAUGAAGAAGAUGCCGAUUUGUCCAAGUAUGAUUUGGAUGCUAGUGAUGAGAAGAAAGGGAGUCCGUCGGGCUCCUCACAUUCAUCUUCUCGCUCGUCCAGUUCAAGUUCCCGGUCUAGGUCCAGAUCCCGGUCCAGGAGCUCAUCCAGUUCCCGAUCUCGCUCUCGCUCCAGGUCCAAAUCCAGAUCCAGCUCCAGAUCAGGAAAGGGCUCUGCUUCCUCAAAGAAGAAGUCUCGUUCCCCUUCAUCAUCGCCUGAGGGAGGUCAGAAGAGAAGUCGUUCCAGGUCCUCCUCUGGUGGCCGCAAAAAAAGACGCUCACGAUCGCGCUCGUCUGAAAGGUUUGGUGUAACACAUGGUGUCCUGGAUAUCAGGCGUCCUUCUGCAUUAUACACUGGGCUCAGUGCUAAUACAGUACAUCAUUGAAACACAUGUGCUUUUCUCUGUACAAAACUUUGUUCUUUGUUUUGAUAUCAAGAGAUAAAUCAUUUAAUCAGUCAUGGUCCUUCUCCUUGUCUCUUUCUUCUAUCUCUCUUUAGGCACAGAGACUCAUCUGGAUCGUCCCACUCUGGCUCAAGCUCAAAACAGAAAUGAUUAACAAAAGAAACCAAUCUUUCUAAAACUGCAUGUUGUUUUUUCCUACUCCGGUUUUGUUUUUUGUUUUUUUUUGUUUUUGUUUUUUGUGCUAUUGCAACUACCCCACUGUUUGAGUUCACAUUGAUUUUCAUGAACAAAAAGAAACUUGCGCACGUUCACACAACCUCCUCUCAAAAAAAAUCUUGUUUUUUUUUUUUUUUUUUUUUACAUCUAGCUAAAUCUUUCAACAGCAUUAUUCAAGGUGUUAGAUCUAUAGCUUAAGUGGGUUUACAGAGAAACAAGUCUGUGACUGUAUAAAUGGCACACAUCUCCUGGACAUCAAAAUAUGUAAAUUUAUAUGGCAGAAGUAGUUUUAUCCAUUCAUUGUCAGACAUUACUGUAGUCCAAAUAACCAGUUUAACAAAAUAAUUGUUGAUUAAAAAGACACUCAUCAGAUGCUGGUUUUGUAGAUAUUUUGUGAUUUAAAACACUUCAAGAAAUAUUGAUGGUUUAAACAUUAAUCACGUCAGCAAUGCCAGCAUCUGAAAGUUAAUAAGUGAUUUUCCUCUGAUUGUGUGCGUUAAAGGUAAGUAUGUUUUUUUUAUACUUGUAGAGAUUAUUUUCUUCUGUUAAGACAGAUGAAAUGUUCAUUUUGUUUGUCCUUUUUUGUCUUAAUUUUGAGAUUCAUCACUUGUUGAAUUAAGAAACGUUUUAAAGUGCACAAACUAAAAUUACUUCUGUCGUAAAUUACUGGUUAUGUUUUUUUUCCGUGGUAAAAUCAAAUUGGGAACAUGUAAUCUGAAAUAUUCAACCACCCCCUUCUGACAUGAAAUAUGAAAAUGUUUUACUGUUCAUUAACAUGACUUGACAGUGUAAUCAACAUGAAUAAACACUUGUUAAUCUGAA